AUGGAGCGCGAGUCCACGGCGGAGAGACCAGCAAAACGCCAGCGGGCAAGCAGAGCGGGCCAGGCAAAGUGCUUUGAAUGUCAUCAUCCAGGCUGUGGCAAACGAUACUCCCGUGCGGAGCAUCUGCAUCGACAUGAGCUCAAUCACAAGCCGAGGGAGAUCUUUCGAUGCGAGGAGCCGAACUGUGGGCAUACAUUCGUUCGGCCAGACCUAUAUGCAAGGCACAAGACACGGCAUGAAGCACUUUUGUCAACGAGGCCAUCUGAUCAUGGCCUUCCGGACGACAGGUCGGAAGCGACAAAUGACCAAACCUCUCCAACCCACAGCUUAGGGCCCGCUCCUGCCAGCUCGAAUGGGGCCAUACCGGUGUCUGCGAAGGGAACAGAAACAACACAAGCUCUGUCGGAGAGUGCACCGCCUACACAGGACACUGGGCCUUUGUCCAUGACUCUGGGUGGCACUGAUGCAUCUGAUGCUGUAUCUUCCCAAUUGGUGCCCUCUGCACCAAGUCUUCUUGGAGAAGAGAAUGGACAAGCGAACGACAACUUUGCGGCUUGGCUCUUCGAGAGCCCUGGCUCACAUUACAACGAUUUCAACAUCACGAACCUUUCCUUUCUUGAUUUCGGCCUCGAAUACUCCCCACAGGAUACUUGGAACUUUGAUGAACUCGGCCACAUUGCAGAUCAGACCGGGAACUCGGGACACGCGGCACGAUCCUUGAGCGGUGCCACUCCCGGGUCAGACGCUUCCUUCGAUCGUGGAGCCAUCUCGGAGCGGAGGCACAUGGAAGUGGCAUCGAUGAUCUCACUGUUUGCGUGGAAACAACGAGGCCAGAAAGGCCCGCUCACUUACCCCAAUGAUCAUGUGCUCUUCAGUUCGGACGGGCAGAAUUUCCCCAACCUGACUGCUGGAGUCUUGGACAACCUCAUGGCAAACUACUGGCUAGGUUGUAGACAAGUACCUAUUGUACACCAAGCAACCUUCUCUAACAACUCCUGCAAUGUCCUGCUUUUGCUGGCAAUGAUCGCCCUGGGCACUUCUGGCUUGGCACGAUCGAAACCAAAGGGAACGUUGAUCGAGUACAAAGAACUCGGAGACCUAAUCAUCACACACCUGCGUUGGGAAAUUUUUACGGACAACGAUGCACAGCCUCCCGUUCAGCUCUGGGCGGCGCAGGCUCUGUUACUUGUUGAAUUCUAUGAGAAGCAGUGUUCGACUCGGAAGUUACACGAACGUGCCCAUAUCCAUCAUGCCUCUACUCUCACUCUUCUACGUCGAGGAAGCCCCUUGGUUGGAAGGUCUGGCAGUGAAAGUCCUUCAAGCGAAAUGCCCACCAGGUACGGCAGCCCAGUCAACAACGGAGCUACGAGUCAGCAUGCCACAUCACAUGUAGACUCUUGGUGGAUACACUGGGUCCGGAACGAAUCCUUCAAUCGAGUUGUUUUCUCCGCCUUCCAGAUGGACACCGUACAUGCCGUUAUGUUUGGGCAUGCUGCAGACAUGGCUGCAAAUGAAAUCCGAUUGUGCAUGCCCUGUGACGAAUCUUUGUGGAAAGCGACAAGUGCAAUUGAAGUGCAGCGCCUUGAAGCCAACAUGAAAAUGUACGGCAUCCGGCCGGUGAACUUCCUCGACGGGUUGAAGCGUAGUCUUCAUGCUCACGAAGUCCACACCCAUGCGCCUGCUCGUAUCCUGCUCAUGGCUGGACUGCUAAGUGUGGGCUGGCAUAUCAGCCGCCGCGAGAAACACUUGCAAUUUCUGGAAACUGUUCCGUCCCUACGUGAACAAGGGCGCUGGAGAUCAUUGUUGCUGCAUGCUUUCGGGCACUGGCGACGCACUUUCGAACAAGCUUCAGGUGCAAAGACAGGAGAUGGAGAUGGAGCCCAAAGUCCAGAUAUGAAUGCAGCUGCACCGGCUGUGCUAUUUCAUUUGGCCCACAUGACGAUGCAUGCCGAUAUCAUCGACAUCCAGAUCUACUCCGGCUCGAAAAGGUUACUUGGUCGUAAGGUAUCAAGAAAGGAUUACCUGAACGUCGUACAACGUGUCAAGUCCUGGGCGGCCACACCUGUCGCCCGUCAUGCGGUCUUGCACGCGAUGAAGCUCCUGCACGAAUCGCUUCUCCGACCAAACUUACGGACUGCCCGCGCAGUUGAAAUUGCCGCGAAAAGCAUCAAAUACAAUGCCCGGACGGAUCCUCUCUUCUACCGACCGUGGGGUCUCUACCUCUCCUCGAUGAUCAUGUGGGCAUAUCAGCACGCCAGGAGGUUGUACAUCUCCCACUCAGCGUCUGCAUUGGCGCAACAGCAGUGGGCCAACGAUGGUCUCGACGACCAAGCGAGAUGCUGUCAAUACUUGACUCACUGCGCUGCAGUCGAGGACGCUACGCAGCUAUCCCAGAUGCUCACAGUUCAGGGAUGUGCUUCCAUUCUUGCGGUGCUAUCGCAGAAUUUCUCAAAUGCGGAUCCGGAGUUGCUAAUUGAGGCGUCCAAGCGUCUGCAAGAAUGCCGAAGCAUGAUUUUGAUGAAUGACGGUGGUACGGUUGUCUGA